AUGGCCAUAUAUCACCGCGAUGUGCAAUACUCGGACGAGUCCAGCCUAAACACCUUAGAAGUAUGCAUACCGCGUCCGGAAACACAAACCCCGAAGGCAAUCUGGGUCGUCUUCAUCCAUGGCGGUGCAUGGCGAGAUCCUGCAGUAGACUCCACAUCGUUCAGGAAGACACAGGACCUCCUACUGCAAUCACCUCAGUUGGACCAGAUAGCCGGUCUUGCUUCGAUAAAUUACCGACUCUCACCAUACCCAGCACACCCGACAGACCCAUCCAAUCCAUCUGAUCCUAGCAGAAACGCGAGGCAUCCAGAUCAUGUGAACGACGUUCUAGCCGCCAUCUUGUAUCUGCAAGAGAAAUACCACUUCGAAGACCGUUACAUUCUGGUUGGCCAUUCUGUCGGAGCCACUCUCGCCUUCCAGGUGGCGAUGAAGCGAUACUGGGGCUCACAGUACGAGUCCACGCUCGCACUCGAGCUCAACGUAUUCCCUCCAAUAGCGAUCCUUGGCGUAGCGGGAAUCUACGACAUACCUGCACUAGUCACCCACCACAAAGAUGUCCCAGAGUAUGCGGAUUUCGUCAGCAACACCAAUGGCUCGGACCCUGCUGUCUGGAAAGCAGUGAGUCCGACGUCAGGUGACUAUGAUGAAAGCUGGGCCGAUGGCAAGCUGGUGAUCAUAGCGCACUCGCACGAAGACGAGCUCGUUGAGUGGGACCAGGCUGUGCUGAUGCACGAGGCGCUGAAGGCACAGGGUUGGGUGGAGAGUCUCAAGGAUAGGCAGGUGAGAUUGAUGCCGCUGAACGGCAAGCAUGAUAUGAUUUGGGAGGAUGGCACUGAGUUGGCGAGAGCGAUAAGUAGGGCGGUGGAAAAAGUUAUGGAGAUCCUUUGA